GUUGGAAGGGCCAGGGCGCGUAGCCCGCCGUGCAUUAUGGGAGACGCAGUCCGUUGUGCUUCACACCGUGGCAAUUGUUCUGAGAGCGCAUGUCCUCGAACUACUGUUCCCAGAAUUCCGCACAGGUCCCAGGCUGCUGUGCGAAGGCAUGGCGGGGAGAAAGGGAAUGUCCGCGUAAAAGGAAACCAGGGCGGCUUCAGCUGAAGCACAAAGAGCCGAAGGGAGGGCGACCUCGGCCUUCUUCUCGAGGCCUCCAUCCUAACAACGCUCCUGGGGCAGCCGUGUUUUCUGGACACGCCUUACGGGAUCCUGGUGUGGAUGUGUGGACCAGCCCGUGUCUUAUGUGUGUGCAGUGGGCGGUGAAGCUUUGCUGGUUGUAGUUGGCCCCGUCCCCAGGGGGAGCAGCACCCUGUGACCAUGAUUUGUACUCUUUUGCGAGCUGUGCAGCAUACGGAGAAGCUGCACAGGUCCCCAGCGGCGCGACUGUGUUGGCCCCACUUCGUGCUUAACAAAGCUUCCUUGAGGACUGAGCCCAGCUUGAAAUGGUGGCUGCCAGAGCAGAACAAAACUGUGCGGCCCAGAGGUAUCCUUGGGGUCAUCCCGAGAACCAUCUGGACGCAGGGACGGGGCCUACAGAGAGCAAAGGAGGACGGCAGCAAACAAGUGCCUGUGCAUAGAAGUCCGAGAAGGGAGACCGAUGUCUCAACGUCACAGAAAGUGAAAGAAGCUGGAAGAGAUUUUACCUACUUAAUAGUGGUGCUUAUUGGAAUCAGCAUUACAGGUGGCUUGUUCUACGUGAUUUUUAGAGAACUUUUUUCUUCGGGCAGCCCUAGUAAGAUAUAUGGGAAAGCCUUAGAGAAAUGCAGAUCACAUCCCGAGGUGAUAGGUGUUUUUGGUGAGCCAAUCAAAGGCUAUGGGGAGAUGACACGACGCGGGAGACGGCACCAUGUCAGUUUCAUCGAGUACGUCAAAGAUGGCCUACGGCACAUGCGCCUCAAGUUCUACAUCGAGGGCUCGGAGCCAGGGAAGCACGGGACCGUGCACGUGGAAGUGAAGGAGGUGCAGGCCUGGGGUGGGGGACACUGGGCACACGCACCCGGAAGUGAAGGAGAACCCAGAGAGUGGGGGAUAUGAGUUCCACUACAUUUUUGUAGAAGUUGAAGCCUACCCUGGAAGAAUGAUUGUCAUUGAAGAUAAUCGAUCCUGAGACAUUAGAAGAGCGGGCCAGCCCAGUAUUUCCUGCUAGAAGUUGAGUGGGGCCAGCUCCCACUCCGAUCAUCAUGCUCUCUUUCAGAGCCUGUUUGAGUGAGACAGGCAACAGAUACUCACUGUGUCACACAAACUAGAGCUUUCCUCGUAUACUGAAAAAUCAUGAAAUACAGAGCAUGUUUUAUGUUAUCAAGUUGUCAACCAUGGACAGUAUGUCUGUCCCACUUAAUAUCUUUCAUAGUGAGAAGCUUCUGUUAUUGGAGACUUUACACCACGUAAAUAAAAUGGAUUUUAGUAUUUUAUCUUUUUUGUAUAUCGUAUCACUGUAUAAAAUCUUCAAAAUAAAAUUAAAACCAGCAGAGGGAUUUCAGAA